CAAUCACUGAAUAACGUCUCGUCCUUUGAUGUUGGCUUAUUACCGGCGCUCAGGUACCAGACAAAAGAGCGAGAGAGUUUGCAUCGGGUGAAAUCAAGCGUGCCUUGGCCCUACAGACAAAAAGACCUUCAACACAUCGCGAAUCGAAUACAAGAGAGUCGGCCCCCCUCCCAUUGAGCUGUCUAUAUCUGAAGUCGUAUCCGCAUUUUCAGUAGAUAUUCCCGGCUCUAACUCUCCCUUCUUUCUUAAAGUCCCUUUACUCUCCCUUCGCCCCUUGCUUAGGUCCUGUAAACCAAGACGUAUCUAGUUUCCACUUGCCUUUGCCCUCGGCCAGCCUCGAAGUUUUCAACUACCGCCAGACGCCUCCCUGAUAAUUCCUCAAGAGGGGACCCAUUUCCACCUGAAUCAUAACAAACAACUCUGGAUCAAAACAAAGAACCAGAACCAUUUACAUCGGCUUGUCUGCUUGCUGUGUGACAGUUGCCAGACGCCUGUCAAAAUGAGUAUUCAUCCAUUCCUCAAGAUGGAGGGGGCCUCUAGGAGACAUUCGGCAGAAGACCCGAACCAGACACACACCUAUCAAUGCUCGACUCAACCCCAAACCCCGCCAUGUUCAACCUCAGGAAGCCCCAGAGUCAAGAUUGAGGAGUUUACAAGCCUCCCCAGAUUACAUGACGCCGUAUCAUCUCAAGGGAACAACUUUGUGAAGCUCCCUAGUUUAGGAGAAUUUGACGAAGGAGUUGACGCCCUCAUUCGAACACAUGGACCAGUGAAGACCUGGACUCCAUUAUCUCCACUCCCUGGACUUUCUCGCAACCCGACGGCCCUUGAGCCUCUGAGAUCCAUUACACAACCUCAGCCAUCUUGGUCUUUCCAAUCUGAUGACCUUCCUAACAACUACCCGAUCUCAAGAAGAGGGACCAUCAGCGGCCAUAAUCAAUACUUGCUUGCAGUUGAUCAUCCACAGCAACCUUUGCAGGGAAACUAUCGGAACCCAGACACUUACUACGGCUAUGGCGCUGGCAGCCCAUCCCUUCAAACACCAUCGAACACGCAUUGCUAUCCAAGUCCACCACCAGACGGUGAGGGUCGGCAUAUUAACCAAAAGUACACAACUGAGGAAGGUGACUACAUCAUCUACGCCUGGCAUGACAAGAAGAUGAAGUGGCAGCGCAUCAAGCAAGAAUUUGCAGCUCGGUUCGGCACUACUCCCGAGCGUACGAUCCAAGGUCUCCAAGCGUGGUAUUACCGUAUGAACCAACGCAUACCUGUUUGGGACCAGGAAGGCUGGCUCUGCUUCGAUAACGAAGAUGACCUUGAACCUCAGCAUGUUAGCAUCAAGGUUCGUGAACGGGAUAGCCAGGACAAACCCAUGGAGCCACUUGGCAUAGCUCAGCGAUACCCCGAACGUGCUAUUCACUAUUCGUGGGUCGACGCUGAGACUAAGUUCAAGGCCCAAGACUGGGCUGCUAAAAGAGCUUUGCAAUACCGCGACAGGCGAGAGAGACGUAGAAGAAAGGAGCAGCGACGACUGAAACUAUGAAGAAUGAAGCAUGCCGUUCCCUGUGACCAAGCUUGCGGCCCGAAUCAACAAUCGGCGGAGAUACUGAUGAACACAGAGCGACCUCGACCACCGUUGCCACUGAUGAAGCGAAUUGUUUCCUUUUCCUAUUUGGUUUGAACUCAAAGAGUUCUAUAUUACGCUUUUCAACGACCGAAUUUCCGACGACACGACGAUCAUGUUCCUACCAUACCCUGAAGCAUGUAACUAAAUCUCCUUUGUCAUAUCCGUACAUUUCAUUUCGUGUUCUUGCUUUUCCAGCCCUCGAGUGUUUUGCAGACCACUCUUGGACAUGAUGUAUCAGCAUGAUGCAAAAUACCACCGGGGAAGGAUAACACUGGGGGUGGGCAAAAGAGAUAGCUGAUUGACAUGUCGAGUUAGUGUGUUUCCCAUAUGUUUGUACUAUUAGACGAACCACGAUUGAUUCCCUCAAAAUAAUGAUACCAAUGGAUAUAGCAGGGGUGUUACUAUGGUAGAAUCGGCAUGCAAAACUCUUCAGCUGCUAAUACCACGCCAAGUGUAUUGUAUGUUUCAUGUCUUGGCAAAAAGCUUCUAUAUCUGAAAUCUAUUGUGAUUCACUUGGCAUUUGACUAUAA